GUUCCCAAACCCAAUUAGACUCUCAUAUACAUCAGCAUUUACCAGCUUUACACCUUUGUAUAUAAAUAGUUAACCUCAAAGACAUCAAACAUAAUUCCUUAAACUAGGCAAACCAAAAAAUGAGAGGAAAACCGGUAAUUGUAGCAAUAAGCUUGAUUUGUGCGGUGAUUGUGGUGGCAAAUGGGGAAUACUUGAUCGGAGUUGGGAGCUACGACAUGACAGGUCCGGCGGCAGAGGUUAACCUGAUGGGGUAUGCCAACCCGAAUCAGAACGGCGCCGGCAUACAUUUCCGGCUGAGAGCCAGGGCGUUCGUCGUGGCCGAGAGUUCGGAAGGUCCUAGGUUUGCGUUUGUCAAUCUUGAUGCUGGGAUGGCUUCUCAACUUGUCACCAUUAAAGUGGUUGAGAGGCUAAAGUCGAGGUAUGGCGAUUUGUACAAUGAGGAAAACAUAGCAAUUAGUGGGACUCAUACACAUGCUGGCCCUGGGGGUUAUUUACAGUACUUGACUUACACAUUUACAGCCCUUGGCUUUGUCAGACAGUCAUUUGAUGCUCUUGUCACUGCAGUCGAGCUAAGCAUCGUCCAAGCUCACCACACUCUCAAGCCUUCCUCCGCCUUCAUUAACAAAGGGGAUGUUGAUAAUGCGGGAAUAAAUAGGAGUCCAAGUGCAUACCUAUUCAACCCUCGGGAGGAAAGGGCUAAGUAUCCUAAAGACAUUGAUACCUUGAUGACAAUGUUGAAGUUUGUGGACAAAAACAGCGGCAAAAGCAUCGGAGCAUUCACUUGGUUCGCAACUCACGGCACCUCCAUGUCCAACACCAAUCAACUCAUCAGCGGCGACAACAAGGGCGCCGCCGCACGCUUCUUCGAAGACUGGUUCGCCAAAAACUCCUCUUCUAAUUCCUCUCCACCACCAAACACUCCUCCGGUAUUCUCAAAAUUGGAGGCCACAGCCACAGGUGGAGGACAAUCAUGCAAUCAAACCACAAGCCAAGGAUUUAAGGUUAGGAAGAAUGACGGCACAUUAUUCGUCGGAGCCUUUUGCCAGUCAAACGUCGGAGAUGUCAGCCCCAAUGUUGCGGGUGCUGUUUGCACCGACACUGGAUUGCCAUGCGACUUUAACUACUCAACCUGCAACGGUAACAACCAGCUCUGCAUUGGCCGUGGACCUGGGUAUCCAGAUGAAAUAUCAAGUACGAGGAUGAUAGGGGAGAGACAGUUCCAGAAAGCAGUUGAUCUGUUUACUUCUGCAACAGAUGAGCUGACGGGGAAGAUUGAUUAUCGGCAUGCGUAUCUCAAUUUUACAAACAUUGAGGUUGAGUUAGAGGGCAACAAGGUUGUCAGGACAUGCCCGGCGGCAAUGGGUCCCGGUUUCGCCGCCGGAACUACUGAUGGACCUGGUCUUAAAGAUUUCCAGCAGGGAAACAACACGAUUAGUGAGAUAUGGAUCGCUCUACGAAAUACGAUUAAAAAACCAAGCGAUUACCAAGUGGAAUGCCAAAAGCCCAAGGAAGUUUUGCUCACCACCGGCGAAAUGUUUUGGCCCUGGCAAUGGGCGCCUGCAAUCCUUCCAAUUCAAAUACUCAAGAUUGGAAAACUGGUGAUUUUGUCGGUACCAGGAGAGUUUACAACAAUGGCCGGGCGGAGAUUGAGGGAAGCAGUGAAGGCGACACUGAUAAGCAAUGGAAAUGGGGAAUACAAUAACGAGACCCAUGUUGUCAUUGCUGGCCUAACCAACACCUACUCUCAGUACGUAGCCACUUUCGAAGAAUACAACCAACAGCGCUACGAGGGUGCAUCAACGUUGUACGGUCCACACACAUUAUCAGCAUACAUCCAAGAAUUCAACAAGUUAGCCAAGGCAUUAGCAACAGGGCACAACAUCACCGUGAAAGGCCCUUCACCACCGGACCUUCUCUCAGCCCAGGUCAGCCUAUUACCCGAUCCCCCCGGCGACUAUCUUCCCCCGGGAAAACACUUCGGUGACAUAAAACAAGACGUCGUCCAGCCCCCCGGGGGGUCAUUCAAGAAGGGGGACCGGGUGAACGCCACAUUCUGGAGCGCCAACCCGAGAAACGAUAUGUUAACUGAAGGCACAUACGCAGUAGUAGAAAUGAUGAAAGGCCAGCAGUGGGUGCCUGCAUAUGAUGACGAUGAUUUCUCACUGUUCUUCAAGUGGAAGAAGGAAAGUGUUGCCAGUUUGACUAGCUCUGCAACUAUAGAGUGGGAAAUACCAGAGGGGGUUAGCCCUGGGGUUUACAGGUUAAGGCAUUUUGGGUCAUCCAAGGUUGCAUCAGAAUCACCCAACUCCUACUUCACUGGUGUUUCCACUGCUUUCACAGUAUCCUAGCUAACAUCUCUUUUCUGGUUCUCUGAAAUAAAAGAUGGUUUUCAGCUUAUUCAAUGAGAUAUUGCAGUGCA